UUGGUCAGUGGGGGCUCUGUAGUGAAUGCCGAGGCAGUAUGGGACCAUGUGACCAUGGCUGACCGGGAGCUGGCCUUCAAGGCGGGUGAUGUCAUCAAGGUGUUGGACGCCUCGAAUAAGGACUGGUGGUGGGGGCAAAUCGAUGACGAGGAGGGCUGGUUUCCUGCCAGCUUUGUCAGGUGGUUGGAUGCUCCCUCAGCGAGAAGGCUGGAUACCAACUAGCAACUCCAGGAUAUAUAGCACACAUUUUGAUUCUGGAAAGCCAUCAGAUGACCAUGCAAGUCCAGACUACAAAAAGGGUUUAAACAAUGUUUUUCAUGCUUGUUCAACAGUUUAAAGGUGGUAGACAAUUAAUGUCACAGUUCCAAUAACUUAGGACAUUAAAGAGACUGUUACUUGUCUGCUACUUUUAAUAUUCAGGGACCCAUUAUUCUAUUUCUGUUCAUCAUAUGUCUGUGAAAUUUAUUCAGUUUAUGUCUCAAUUGUUGAAUCUUUUUAUGUUCAUACAAAUAUUUACACGUGUUAAGAAAUUUGCUGGAAAUAAAAGCAGUUGAAAGUGAGUUUCUUUUUUUUGCUAAGUGUGUGUAUAGGUAUAUAUUGUGUGUGUGUGUGUGUUAUUUUUUAAACACAUUGGGUUUCUGCAAAUGUUUACCCUUACCUUCAAGGACCUAAUAUAACUAUACAGUGUAAUUUAUUUUGCAGUGUUGCUGUAUAUUUAGUAACGGUGCAGCAAACUGAAACCACAGAAUCCAAUUUGAGCUUGUGGUACUUCUGUUUGCUGAAGCUAACAAAUGUAUUCAGUUGAAUUAAGUUUUAAUCUAGUUGAAUUAAGUUUUAAUCUUUAGUCAUUAUGUGUUUGACCAGUUGCUAAUUUUGAACUUACCUCAGAUAUUUUAAAUGAAGUUCAAAACGUAGGUUCAGGUCUCGGGAGGAGCCUAAACAUUCAGUCCUGUCAAUCAUCAUUAUGAGCUUAUAUAAGCAGCAGUCAUUGCGGCGUCCCAGCGACAAUUCUUCUGGCAUCCCUCCACCUCCCCAUCUUCUCUUCUUUCUCUCAUUCUCCCUCCUGUAGUACUGUUAUAGGGGGGUGGACCUCGGAGCUCGAGCCGAGCCUCAAGUUCGAGCCUCUGUCAAGGACAGCAAGCCAAGUUUGUUUACCGUUAACUAUUAAGACUGUAUGGGCAAGUGAACUCGUGAAUGGUACAUCUGAGAAGGAAUAGUGAAUAAAAUAAUUGGAGGUACCCAAGUAAAAGAGAUUGAUAAAUGUUGUAUUAAUGUCACCUGCAAGGGUUAGUUUGAUUUUUGGUGUAAGCUGCUGACACCUUUACACUGUAUCCUCGGUUCUGCUGCGUCUUGUGUUUCUCUUCACUGUUCAGUGAGGUUGAGUCAUGAAGCAUAAAAUGAGACGUCACUUUUCAUUAGAGGACAGGAGAGAAGAACAGACAAAAAAACAAAACAAAAAAGCAGAUUGCUCUGGGAGGAGAGGGUGAGAGAGUAAAAGAGAGAGAGGCUAAAAUAGAUUGGACACUGAGAGGAAGGAAAGAGAAGAUGGAAGUUUAUAUGUGUGCGCAGGUGUGUGUGCAACAUCUGCGUCAUCAACGUUCUUCUGAUUCCUCUAUUUUUUUUUGAACACACAGCCGUAGCAACACGCACAUACACACAUUGUGUACCCGGGCAGCAGGAUCACUAAACUAAGCCUUUCGUUUGAUGAGGAUGAGGACGGACAGCUAGCAAGGCUAAUGCACUGGAAAGUUGCGCUGAGGCAGAGAUUUCUAGUUAUGGGUAAAUCAGGAGGAAAACACAGCGGUGGAGGCUGCCGAAAGCUCCAGCGAGGUGCAGAAUGGCCAUGCGGAGGCCAGUCCGAACCCCAGCACCGACUGUCUGUGUUUGGGCCAGCCCACCCAGAACCGGGACCAGAUGAGGGCCAAUGUCAUCAAUGAGAUCAUGAGCACAGAACGACAUUACAUCAAACACCUGAAGGACAUCUGUGAGGGGUAUCUCCGUCAGUGUAAAAAGAGGCGAGACAUGUUUAAUGAUGACCAGCUGAAAGUGAUAUUUGGAAAUAUUGAAGACAUUUACAGAUUCCAGUUAAGCUUUGUCAGAGACCUGGAGAAACAGUUUAACACGGAAGAACCUCAUCUCAGUGAGAUCGGACCCUGCUUUUUGGAACACCAAGAUGGAUUCUGGAUCUACUCGGAAUACUGUAACAACCACGUUGAUGCCUGCAUGGAGCUCACACGUCUCAUGCGAGACGCACGAUACCAGCACUUCUUUGAAGCGUGUCGAUUGGUCCAGCAGAUGAUCGACAUCGCCAUUGAUGGCUACCUGCUCACACCAGUCCAGAAAAUCUGCAAAUACCCUCUACAGCUGGCAGAGUUACUGAAAUACACAGUACAAGAACACAGUGAUUAUCGGUACGUGGCUGCUGCGCUAGCUGUAAUGAGAAAUGUCACUCAGCAAAUCAACGAACGCAAACGAAGGCUUGAGAACAUUGACAAAAUCGCCCAGUGGCAGGCCUCUGUUCUGGACUGGGAGGGUGAGGAUAUUCUGGACAGGAGCUCAGAGCUUGUGUACACUGGGGAGAUGUCCUGGAUAUAUCAACCAUACGGACGCAGCCAAACCAGAAUCUUCUUCCUAUUUGAUCAUCAGAUGGUUCUCUGCAAGAAGGAUCUCAUUCGUCGUGAUAUUCUGUACUAUAAGGGCCGGAUUGAAAUGGAUCGAUAUGAGGUCAUUGAUGCAAUCGAUGGCCGCGAUGAUGAUUUUAACGUUAGCGUGAAGAAUGCAUUCAAACUGGCCAACAGAGACACAGACGAGAUCCAUUUGUUCUUGCCCAAAAAGCUGGAGGAGAAAAUCCGUUGGCUUCGGGCGUUUCAAGAGGAAAGAAAGAUGGUCCAGGAAGAUGAGAAGAUUGGGUUUGAAAUCUCUGAGUAUCAGAAGAGGCAAGCCGCCAUGACCGUUAGGAGAGUCACCAAACAAAAAGGUGUGGGCCGGUCGGUCCCCCCAGCGUACCCACCACCUUUGGACCCCAUGAACCCCGGGCAGUACCUCCUCCCUGACGGCUACGGGCAGGCAGAUGGAUAUGAAUACGAGCCCAAACGCAGCACAUCACCCUUCUGGCAGAACUUCAGUCGGUUAGCUCCCUUUAAAAAAUAGUACACACAUCCACGAGGGGUUGGAUACACCGGCCUCUGUAUACUUGGAAAAGCACUAUUCUACUUAAGAUACAUCUGUGGGACUUGAGGAGGACUGACACGACACACAAACUACAGGAGAGAGGACAGACCUUGCUUUACUGGGGUUUACCAGGCGUAUUUCUUUUACUGGGGUUACAGGGACACCACGCCGGGCUGGCUGCACUGAAUUCUGCACACGACAUGUUGUAAUUCACAGAAAAGAAAUUCACGCAAACACACACACACAUGCAAAACAUACACAUUUUAUCCCUCAGCACUCUCUUUUUAGAGAGGUUUUAAAUUAUGAAAUAAGAAAAAUCACCUAUGGUUUCUUCUCUACACAAAGCGACGGAAAGCAAAUUUUCACCUUUUAAAGCACUAAACCACCGUAAUGACUCUUGCUCUCUAGUGCCGCCCUGGUGUUCCUCCGUGCACUGUGACUAUUCGGGGCAUUCUCUCUCACCCAAUCUCUCUUUUUCUCUCUCGAUCUCAUACUCCACAUUAUCACGUGUUUUUCCAACAGUUUCGCGUCUGGUCAAAGCUGAAGAUUUUUUUUCCUGGACAAUUUCUCCUUGGAUGGAACCUGCUGCACUCUUUAGUUUGUUUUGCAUGAGAUUCAGUUCAUUGCAGGUAUUUUAAUUUGUGUAAUUCUAUCCAUACGGGUCUCAAAAAAAGUGGAUCAUGAUCUGCAAAUUUGUCACGCAAGUUGCUUAAACCGAUCACGGUCUACUGGAAAAAUGGAUAUCGGAACAACUUUGACAUUCAGAGAAACCUACAAUCAAUCAAGUUUAAAGUCGUUUUGGUUUGGUGGAGCUUUUGGGUACCCUGAGAAAACUACAGACCAGAGAAACCUGAAGGAGGAACUGUUUUGCUCUGAACAGUGGACCUCUGUAGCGUGUUUACGUCAGAGCCUUGUUUAUCCUGAGGUCUCGGUUUUGGCUUUAUCAUUGUUUCCUCUCUCCUAUCCGACAGAUGACCGAAAAACCUGAUCAGUUGUUAAAAAGUAAUAAUUCCACCUCUGAGCCCGUCUUCAUUUUAUGGGGAAUGAUACUCGGACCAGGACGACUUUAAUCCUGCUGAUCAACCUCGUAAUGACAUGCCAAUUCAUCUCUAACGUGCCAAAAUAGUCUGGUUGCCAAAUUUUCCUAUAACAGGUGCAUUGGCAUGUGCGAAUGCCAACCCCAUGAGCUGGUACCCCGCCAUGUGACUUCUCAGGCGAAAAUUAAGUCAAUUAAAUUUGGUUAUCGCUGCUAGGAUUAGCAUGACAUAGCGUUUCAGUUUUUUUAUUUUUUAUUUAUUUGGUUGUUUUUGGUUCUCUCUCUAUAUAUACAGUAUAUAUAUAUUUAUUUUUUCCCAACUUAAAGGGACUUGUGCAAAAUUUAAUUUAUGGUAUAUUCGGGUUUUGUCUGAUAACUUUCAAAGGAUAGUAUUUAGUCCAAUCACAAUAUUUAAAGUAUUGCUAUAAAACAUUAUUUAUUCUAUUAUAGUGUGAUUUUCUUUUUUUCCAUCUUGAUCCUCUCUAUAUAUUUUAGAGCUUCUGCUGGAGUGUUAAAGACCCUAUUAGGGCAUAAAAAAUGUAAGAGGACAGUAUGGAAGAAAUAUGUCACACAUGUGUACUAAGUGCCACAUGAAACUAUUAUUAUGUUACAAAGGAAAAUAUCAGUUUAAUAUUUUUGAUUCGGUGAUAUGAUUGAAAUAAGAACAUUAUAUCAUUAUUUCAUAAUAAACUUCAUUAUGGAGAAAACAGAGUUGAACUGAA